CUAGUUUAUGUGAAUUUAUUCCUUGGGAUACUGUGUUAGAUAUAUUUAUUAAUGAAGUUAUAACAGGUCAAAAAGUAUUAUAUUAUCUUACAAUUAUAAUUAAGAACCCAUUUGGUAGUAAAGAUUCUAUAAAACUAGUUCCUUUAUUUCAAAACUUGAUACCUGAGAGAAAAUGCCUGGAAUAUAUGUACGAAAAGCUAGCUGGAUUGAUUGGACCCAAAAAGGGGAAAAUCCAAAUUUAGCAGUGCCUGGCUCAUAUUGGUUGUAUCAUAAGAGCAAUAUAUACAAAUUUGUGUUUAGGUAUCACCGUACAACCAGAAAUGUAAAACAAUUUAAUUUUGGAAGAGAACUAAUAAAAGUUAUUAGAAGGAUUAUAAAAAAUCAACCUCCUCAGGGACAGCAAUUUCGUACAAGCCACCUUCUAAUUACUUUCAAUCGUACAUCAUGGACUAGACAAGAUAAAAUAUUUGCAAUGAUGAAGUUUAAAGAACGAUCAGUUGUAGCAUCUUCUCAUGCAUAUAUGUUGAAUAUAAAAUUAUCCUAUCCUUUAGAAACAGAACAGAAUUCAAAGUAUAUGAUGACUUCUUCUUGUUCUGACCAUUCUUUGAUCUACCAAAAUGAAAAUUCAACUGGUACACCUAUAUAUGAAAAUAAGAAUGAAAAAGAAAGUAAAAAAUGUUUAAUGCAUCCUUCCAAAGAUAAUUAUUCAGAGAAAAGUAACCAAUAUGGUAAUAAAAAAGAACAAAAUUUAGAAUGGGAAAAUAAAAAUAUUCCAUCAAAUAAUAGCAUGAUAAAUAAUAAUUUAAAAAAAUUAGCUACUAAUGAAAAUACAAGUAAGUUUUGUAAAAAUUUAAAUAGAUCAUAUAUGGUACAUAUAGAAUCUGAAAAUAGUAUAAGAUUAAACGAUCAAAUAAAAGAAAAUAGUAAUGACUGUUUACAAGAUAAUAAUAUUGAACAUCAAUUAUCUUUUGAAAAAGUUAAUAUAAAAAAUAGCAAAUUAUCUGACGAUAGGAUAAAGUUAAAUGAGUAUAAUAUCGAAGAAGUUUCUAUUAAAUGCAAAGAUGAUUCUGUAUCAAAUAAUAGUAGAAUAUUAAAUGAUAAUAGUACCAGUGAUCAUGCUAAUGUAGAUUCUGUUAAUUUACCAUAUCAGUACUUGAUAGAAGAAGAAAUAGAAAGUGCAAAGCAGAGUGUUAAAAAAUGUAGAUUAGAAGAAGUAAAUAAAAAGAAUUCCAUCAGCUAUGCAGAAGUACAUUCAGAUGUUAGCAAGAUACAAGAUUUACCUUGCCCUAAAAAGAAAAAAUUUGCAUCAGAUGAUGUACCACGAUCUUCUGAUAUUACAGAUUUAGUAAUGGAAGGAUUAAUGUUUACAAUUCGGCAAGGACAAGAUACAGUAGCAGUUAUAGAACAAAAAACUAAGUUAGAGGUAGAUGAAGUAUUGGAAAAUUCUGAAAAAAUUGAAACAAAGGGAGGUGAACAAUGCUUACGAAAUUCUAGUUUACUUGGCUUAGAAAAUUUAAUAACAAUGAUUGAAUUACCGAAAGAAAAUGAAUCUGGAGAUAAACUUCAAAAUAUAAUUAAUUACGAGUCUACUUUAGAAAAUCAGUCUAUAAAUAAACACUCAGUUAAUAAUAUAGAACACACAUUAACAAAUGAUAAAAUUAAAAAACAAAAUAUUGUAUCUGAAUUAAAACACAUGCAGCAGUAUCCUUUAAAUGGCUCUAUUUUAGCCAGUACUAGUUUCUCAAAUACUAACGAUAAUUUAGAUCUUACAAAUAAAUAUCACUAUUCUGAACCAUAUGAUAAUUAUAAAUGCAAAGAAGAUGAAAAGUUUAUAACAAACGUGAAUUUAAAAUAUAAGCAAAGAGAGAAAGAAACAGAGGAAGAAGAAGAAGAAGAAGAUAUAAUACCAGAAGCAUUACAAAAUGAGAUUUUUCAUUCCUCUACCCAGUCUCUUAAAGUAGUUAAACCUGAAAGUAAAUUGAAGUUUAUGGCAACUAAGGAUUUAUUAAUGGAUGAUAUGAAUAGUGAAAAAUUAUUAAAAUUUGAAAUAGGCAAGAAUGAACUUAAUCCUCAUUUUAAUAAAAGCUUACACUACAAUACGUAUUCAGAAAAUAAUGAGACACAGACAUUACAUUAUAAUACAAUAUGUACAUCUAAAUGUAAUGAUACAAACAAGUGCAAAUUGAAUUCUCCAGUAGUUAUUUCAAAUCAAAUUAUUACUCUAAAUGAAAUACCUUUGCCAUUACAGAAAAUACUUCGAAAUAAAUUAUCAAUAAAAUAUAAAUCUUUAAGUAAUGAAAAUAAAAUAAAUAAAGAUAACAUUAAUAUUUAAUUAGAAAAUCAAAUUUCGGAUGGAAAUCAUAAAAAAUGUAUACAAAAUAACAAAGAAACAUACAAUAAAAGUAUAUUAUGUUCAGCACCAAAAAUAGAAGAAAAAUAUCCUAAUAUUUCAGAAAACAAAGUAAACUUAAAAGAAAAAGAAUCACAAGAACAGAAUAACUGUAUUGACAAAAUAGAAUCACCAUCAAACAAAAUUAAGGAUAUUACACAAGAAUUUUAUAAAGACCUUUCAUAUUUGCAAAAAAAGGAGAACCUAAUAAAUCAAAAAUAUCUUAGGUCAAGGAGAAAAUCAUUAAAUAUAUUAAACAAUACUAACAAUGGUAAAAUGCAUAUACAAAUGGUUAAAUUUUUACAAGAUAUUACAAGAGGUGCUAAGGUUGUUGUAAGACGUAUAAGCAUAAAUAAAUAUUCAUAA